GUUCCACAGCGCCCACCAGAACUCCGACCCGCGGCAGUUCCGCUUCCGGUAGCACCAGAUAAAUCGCGAGAGGAGAGUAAAAACCUGCCGUUUGCAUUUAGGACCACUUCGGUUCGCGAUGGUCCGCAGUGGGAAAAACGGUGACCUUCAUCUUAAACAGAUCGCUUACUAUAAGCGCACCGGGGAGUAUCACCCAACUACACUGUCGAGUGAGAGAAGCGGCAUCAGACGAGCAGCUAAGAAAUUUGUCUUCAGAGAAAAAAAGCUGUUUUAUGUUGGAAAAGACAGAAAACAAAACCGUUUGGUAGUUGUUUCAGAAGAGGAGAAGAAGAAAGUGCUGAGGGAGUGCCAUGAGAACGGCCCUGGCGUCCAUCACGGCAUCUCCAGAACUCUGACGCUGGUGGAAUCCGGCUACUACUGGACCUCCGUGACCAAUGACGUCAAGCAGUGGGUAUAUGCUUGUCAGCAUUGCCAAGUAGCAAAAAAUACAGUUAUCGUAGCACCUCAGCAGCACCUUCCCGUGGUGGGAAGCCCGUGGAGUGUAGUUACUGUUGAUCUGCUGGGACCUUUUCAUACAAGCAACAGGAGUCAUGUGUAUGCUCUAAUCAUGACAGAUUUGUUCACAAAAUGGGUUAUGAUUUUGCCUUUAUGUGAUGUUUCAGCAUCAGAAAUCUCUAAAGCUAUUAUCAAUAUAUUUUUCCUAUACGGACCUCCUCAGAAAAUAAUAAUGGACCAAAGAGACGAAUUCAUUGAACAGAUCAAUGUAGAAAUAUAUAGAUUAUUUGGUGCAAAAGAGAUUGUAAUUUCUCAUGCUUCUGGAAGUGUGAAUCCAGCUGAAAGUACGCCUGGCACCAUCAGAACCUUCCUCUCGAAGCACUGUGCCGAGCACCCGAGCAACUGGGACGAGCACCUGCCGGCUCUCUCCUUCGCCUUCAACGUGACUCACUCGGAGCCUACUAAGAACACACCAUAUUUCCAAAUGUUCAAUCGGAAUCCUUGCGUGUCAGAGUGUCCUCCUGAAGAGGGAGGUGAAGGCACGAGUGUGUUUGCCAGAAUUGUAGCUGCGGUUAGAGAAGCUGAUGGGGUGGUGGUGAACAAGACACCAGCAGCUGGCCAGAUGGAGAAGAACAAUUUGGACGAACAAAAUAAAAGCAAAGUUGUUAAAAAGAAAGCAAAGCAGUUAAAUCCCUUUCAUUUGAAAGUGGGUCAUGAGGUUUUAAGACAGAGGAAGAACUGGUGGAAGGAUGGCCGCUUCCAGUCUGAGUGGGUCGGGCCUUGUGUCAUCGACUACAUUACAGAAAGUGGGUGUGCUGUCCUCAGAGAUAACACAGGAACCAGACUCAAACGACCUAUCAAAAUGUCCCACCUUAGGCCCUAUGUGAGAGAGUCCAGUGAGCAGGAAAGUCUUUAUCUCUUGCAAGGUUCGAUAGUGGCCGAUCAUGACUACAUUGGAUUACCUGAAAUCCCAGUUGGAACAUACCAGGCAAAUAUUCUGGUAGAAGAUGCAACUAUUGGGAUAGCUGAUAAUGAAUUAUUGAUAUCAAGCAAAGAUCAUGAACUCUUAGAAUAUAGAAAUUCCAAAAUCUCUGCAUUGGUAGAAGACCACAAUUCUCUUGAGAAACAGACUUUUAGUCUACUGGAUUCUUCAAAUCAAGUUCUCGAGUACUUAAGUUAGUAAAUACCAAAAUUAAUUUAAAAUGCUUGCAUAGAAUGUAUAUAUUUCUAGUUUGUAAGUAUUUUAUCUAUUAAAAUAUGUUGUAUAGAAGAGAGAUCCUGGUACUAUGUUAAUAACUACAUUCUGAAAGCUUAUUUUAAACCUUCCUAAAGUUGUUACACGUUUCAAUACAAAUAAAUAUAUGUAACAGAAGUAUACAAUGUGUAGAAUUCAGAAAUUUCUCAGAGAACUCACAAAUUAACAUUGUUAGGAAAUAAAUUCUAAUAGAGAAGUCUCAUCUUUUUCUAUAUUGAUACUGUAUUUUCUCUUCUAAUUUUUCAGAAAUAUAUUUCCCUUUUAAAUAAAUUUAAACUGAUUAUAGUUUA